AUGUCGCCGAGACUAAAGCCACUGCUGCUUCCGCAGCUAGUGCAGGAGCGACUAAACAACCAUGGCGACGCCGCCUACAUGCCGUACAACGGCCUCGACGCCAUCGACCUCUCACAAGUCUAUUACACCACAAACUCCUCAUCGUCCGACGUCGCAUCGCCAUUGACCCCGACCUUCUCGCCCAGGGGCCACCAACGCUUUUCAAGCUCGACUUCAUCGCUCGAGCUGCCGCCGAUGCCCCAGGACGCCCCGUCCUCGCCCUCCACCUACACGACGAAGCCGACUGAGAAGCGCACGCUGCCCGACGUGCAGGAGGACCCCAUGGAACGCUUCGAAGAGACUUUGGCAUCGUCGGUCGACCACUUUGGUCUCUACAGCUGCCUGUGCGACACCCCAUGCGAGCACCGCAACAGUUCCGAAGGCCUGUUCCCUGGCGACAUGGUUGGUGACGACUUCGACUUCGACUACGACCUAGGCUUCCUGAGCGACGGCGAUGUCGCUCGCGACUACCCCAGGAAGAAGCGAUCCGGUAUCGAGUCGCCAUUUGCAGGCCUGACGUCGCGGCUCGGUUCCCGCCUCCCCACCAUCAGGCGGUGGAGAUCAAGCAAACGACCCAUGGUCAGCCUGCGGGCAUCCCCGACCACCGACCUCAGCCUUGAGAAUGUCCUGUCGCGCGGACCUUCGAGUCGCUCUUCAUCCAUGUCAGCGCCUAACCAGCAGCUGGGAGAUCGAGUCCAGGAUUCAUCGCCCAUGGCUUCGGUCGUGUCGUACUACGACGUGGGCAGCGCCGACAACCUGAGCCGAUCGUCGGUCCUCGAACUCACCCCGGAGGAGCAGCUGAACCUUGAGCGCGACCGUGCCAUGGCCACAACGCCCCUGCUUCCCCCACUUCUAACCGACGCUCUGGCAUCCCCGCAUCACGAGUCGCCGCUGCAGUCGCCGACCGUCGCAAUGACGCCUUGUGCCAGCGCCAAGCCCUCUCCGCCCUCGAUAUCUUCGGCGCAGUUCCCUCGGCCGCCUCUCAGUACCAAGCCCUCGGUCACAUCGCUUCGCCAUGUUCCCACCGCGAACGAUCUUCCACUGCCUCUGCCAGCUAUCCUGCAAGAGCAUGACGCUUGGUCGGACCGCCUUGGGCACGCCAACUUUACCAUCAGUCCCCUGCCCUAUGAGGUUGAGGCCGUAACGACAGAGACGGUCACAAAGUUCCGUGAGGACUGGGACACCGCACGAUGCAACUACACCAAGCAUCUGGUUCGCACCGGCGAGCACUAUGGCCAGACGAGCAAGAUCUACGCGCUUACCGAGGCCAAGUGGGCCGAGACGGAGCGCAAGUGGAAGAGCAUCUACGACGAGAUGAUGACGCAGAACAGCCGCUCGGCGCCAGCAUCUGCCAGCCAUUCGCGAAGCCACAGCCGGGGUCGCGGGCGGGGUCGGUCAAGCAGCUCCGUUGGAGCUCUUGGCCGCACGCCUACCAGCGAUGCCACACUAGGCGACCUGGAGUGGCGGCGCAGGGACGAGUGCCUCCCGAGCGCGGUACCACAGAUGCUCGAGUCGCUCGACGCCCAUGGCAAGUUCCCCGAGCGAGGUGACGAGGACAUCGUCGGACCCAUGCACCGCGACGCUGUUAUGAUCCGGGCUCGCAGCGAAGAUGCAAAGGGCCGCUUCUGGAGGAACCUUGCCGACAAAGUUGGCUUUCGCAAAUGA